CGGCGCGGCGCGGGGGUCUCGAGGGCCGGGCGCAUGGCUUAGGGACGCCCCGCCGCCGCGGCCCCCAGCAUGGGGAAACUUCACUCGAAGCCGGCCGCCGUGUGCAAGCGCAGGGAGAGCCCGGAAGGUGACAGCUUUGCUGUGAGCGCUGCUUGGGCUCGAAAAGGCAUCGAGGAGUGGAUCGGAAGGCAGCGCUGCCCAGGCAGUGUCUCAGGACCGCGUCAGCUGCGAUUGGCAGGCACCGUUGGUCGAAGCACCCGGGAGCUCAUGGGUGACGCUUCUAGAGAGGCACUCAGCGAGGAAGAGGAAGACGACUUCCGGCUGGAAGUGGCACUGCCACCCGAGAAGACUGACAGCCUGGGCGGUGGAGAUGAGAAGAGGAUGGAGAAAGCGAGUGACCUUGGCCCGGGCUCCAAGAAGCAGCUGAAGUUUGAAGAGCUACAGUGUGAUGUGUCCGUGGAAGAGGACAGCCGGCAGGAAUGGACUUUCACCCUGUAUGACUUUGACAACAAUGGCAAGGUCACUCGUGAGGACAUCACCAGCUUGCUGCACACCAUCUAUGAGGUGGUUGACUCGUCCGUGAACCAUUCCCCAACAUCAAGCAAGACACUGCGGGUGAAGCUCACUGUGGCCCCCGAUGGGAGUCAGAGCAAGAGGAGUGUCCUUUUCAACCAUGCCGACAUGCAGAGCACGAGGCCCCGAGCAGAGACCAAGCCUGCUGAGGAGCUGCGCGGCUGGGAGAAGAAGCAGCGGGCCCCGCUCAGGUUCCAGGGUGACAGCCACCUGGAGCAGCCAGGCUGCUACCACUAUUGUGUGGAUGAGAACAUCGAGAGGAGAAACCACUACCUAGACCUUGCGGGGAUGGAGAACUACACAUCUCAGCUUGGACCCGGCUCCCCUUCAGUGGCCCAGAAAUCAGAGCUGCCUCCACGCACCUCUAACCCUACUCGCUCUCGCUCCCAUGAGCCAGAAGCCGCCCACGCCCCACACCGGAAGCCCCAGGGUGUGGACCCAGGCUCUUUCCAUCUUCUUGACACCCCAUUUUCCAAGGUCUCAGAGCUCCAGCAGCGGCUCCGCAGCACCCAGGAUGGGAGCAAGCACUUUGUGAGGUCUCCCAAGACCCAAGGCAAGAAUGUCGGUGUGGGCCACAUGGCGAGAGGGGCCAGAAGCAAGCCCCCGUUGGCACCCACCGGCCCCACUGUGUCCCCUUCUGCUCACUUGGCUGCCAGCCCAGCCCUCCUCCCCACCCUGGCACCCUUGGGCCACAAGAAACACAAGCACCGGGCCAAGGAGAACCAGGCUGGCUGCCGAGGCCUGCAGGCCCCACUCGCUGUGGGCAGUGCCAUCUUGGGGCGGGAGCAAGUGAGGGAGCUGCCUGCCGUGGUGGUGUAUGAGGGUCAGGCCGGGCAGGCGGUCCAGAGACACGAGCACCACCACCACCACGAACAUCACCACCACUACCACCACUUCUACCAGCCCUAGACCCGCCUGGCCCCCGCCUCGCCACGCCACAUGAAGGACCUGCCCUGUGCCCCAGGGCACUAUUAUUCUAUUAAUUAUUGUUAUUAUGAUGAUUAUUGUUAUUAAUAAUGAUUGUUACUCCACUAAUAUUUAGCUAGCCUUCAGGUAGAAGAUAUAUGGAAACACGGAACUAAACUUUUAUUUAUAUGUUGAGGGGAUUGCGUAACUCACCCAAGAAGUGACUGGGUUGGGAAAGGUCUCUUGGGCUCCCCAGCUACAGGGUCCAUGCGAAUUGCCCACAGCACAGGAGCCCUUGGCCCAGCCACCUCACCCCGGCUCUUCCAGGAGAGCACCUUUGCCUGGCCCAGCUUCAGAGACCCUCACGGUCUCCAGAGGACAACAGCUGCUACCUCUUAGUGUAAUUCUGGUGUAACUUUGCCCUUAACUGAUUGUGACAUACUAUAAGGGAUUUCAGCGGACUGCAGACACGGCUUCCCUGCUGUUGCCCCAAUCUAGACACCUUAGCUGUGCUUUCUGGAGUUCCUUUCUCACCUUUCCAAAGGGAAUAUGCCUUUGGCCCAAGCCAGCCUCGUUGUCUUUUCUAUGUACAAUGUGGAUGUACCCUCACCUGUGCCAGCCCCCUCUGCUUUUGAAGGAUGCACCCAUGUUAAAGGACUGUCACUGACGCCAGCCUUCUCAUUUUGGAAACUGCUACAGAGAGAAGCAGCCACAAAUCAAGGUUUUACAAGAUUGCCCCUCGGUGCGGAGUUGUCUGUUGGCAGAAGGUGUGGAAACUUUGCCUUCAGCAAACAUACCAUACGGCUCUCUAGCAGCCUCUGUAUCUAUAGGUAGUGCUGCCUGUCCACGUCUCUGUUUAUUUCUAUAAAUACACACUCUCAGGUA